CUAAUGAAGACAAGCACCAUUGGACACGGCUGAACAGGCAGGAAAAAGGGGUGCUAACAUCAUCAUGACAAUGUUGCAUCACUGGACCAAAGACCUACUUUCCUCUAAUGCAUCACACUAAAUGACAGGGAAUGAUGUCAUCUUUGCAGCUACCAAUGACAAAAUCCAGACACUUGGAGUGCCACAUUCUCACUGCUGGUUCAAAUUGUUUGACAACGUGAGAAAGUCAAAAUGCCUAAAAAGAAAGGAAAGAAGAAGGGCAAAGGCACAGGGGAUGACCCCAGUCUGCGCCCACAGAUCAUGAGGGACAAGCUGAAGAAGGAGGAUGCCUACGCGGUGUCGAAUGCCAUAACGCUGAAGGAUACCUAUCGCCUCAGCCUGCGCAGCAACCGCUGUGAUCAGCUCAAAGAGGAGAUAGCGGCCCUCCGGCGUACUUUUGAGCGGCGGGAUCAGGACCUGAACCGCGCCGUGGAGAGGUUCGCGUGCUGUGUGCAGGAGGGAGAGCGUCUCUCGGCUCAGGUGUGGCGCGUGCACCGUGAACACGUUGAACGACUGCGUGCCAUGCAAGAGAAGCGGCUGAAGUUCCUGGAGGAGCAGUGGGACAUGGGUCAGGACACUUUAGACCACAGGCUGGAGGUACUGAGCGAAAGAAUGGCGACCUACUUCCUGCAGUCACGCGUGGGUUUUGAGGACACGGUGGUCCACCUGGAGCGUCACCACCAGCAGGCCUUGGCAACCAUCCACAUGCUGUACAGCGAGCCCAUGGAAGCCCACGGGGUCUUUGAGAAGAGGAAGGCCUUCGAGGUGGAAGAGUGCUUCUUAGACCAGAACGUGAAGGUCCUCAAGAACCAGAAGGCAGAGAAGCGCUACCUCCACGAGAUGGAGAAUGUGGAGCGCAUGGAAGCCAAAAAACAAGUCUCAGUGAUCACUUCUAAGAAGGGCGUGGCGCUCUACAACACCAUCAUCGAGGUGCAGUCCCGGCUGGAGGCCACCGAGAAAAGCAACUCCGACAUGACGGCCAAGCUGACGGCAGCCCGGAACGACGCCAAGGCCAAGAUCCACAUGCUCCUCAGCCGGAUGGCUCGGGACCGCGUCCCCAUCCAGAUAAUGAUCAAUGAGGUCAGCAUGCAUAGCAACGCCGCCGCCAACAGCCUGAGGUUGAUCAUAGCCAAGGGCGCCCGGCUCCUGAAGGUGGCCGAGAUGUGUCGCCAUUUGGAGGCUCAGCAGAAGGAGGAGCAGGUGGCCGCCGAAGAAGUCAUGCAGGGAUCAGAGACCGUGGAGCCGUCGCCAAUGUAUGAGUUCCCUGAACUGAUGAAGCGCUACAACGCCGCGCAGCUCCACCAGGAUGCCCUUAAGCGGCGCAACAGAAACUUGCGGCGGGAGAACCAGCAGCUACAGCUCCUUACGCGCCAACGCGUUGAAGCCAAGACCAUUAACCCAGACACCCACAACGGACCAUACAAUCCCCUUCUUCUCAAGAUGGCCCCCGUAAUGGAGAAGGACGGCGCCAAGCAAGUGCGAUGUGUCAUCGAGGGAGUGCACGCCAUCAGAAUACUCUCCAUCAAUGAGUGAAGAUGUUCAUGAGGGAUGUCAACACAAGGAUCCACACUUGCGUUCAACCUCCCCUCGAUUGCAAGGCUUACAUUCAAGACUUCA